AUGAUAAAGAACGACAAUGCAAACCAGAACCAACCGUUCGUCUUAAAUUCCACAUUGGGAGACUUUCUCCACUCCGUCGCUUUCUUCUUCAUGUGUGUUUCCCUCGGAAUUGGGGUGUUCGGUCCUAUUUCCUAUUCGAAUAAUCAGUUGGUCAUUGGAUUUCUUCUGCAGGCAAUGUUCAUUCAUACCUUGUUGGCUAUCAAUUCUCGUCUCUUCUUUUCAAUUUCUGCUUUUCUGACAUUCGGAUCGGUCCUCCUUCAACUUUUUGCAUUUUUCUUUUUCAUGUUCACUACGGAGAGUUUCAAUUGGUUGCCGUUGGGUCAUUUCCUCGUCGUUAUGUUCUGUGUUCUUUUCAUUGUCACUGUCAUAAUUACGGUUCAAUUGUUCUGUUCGGCGGCUCUUUUGAAACUCAGCAUAUAUGAAGAUCCUCCAAAACCUGCGAAAAAGUCCAAGAAAUUCAGAAAGCAUGGCGCGAAAAACAGAAAGCAUAGUGAGAAAUCGAAAAAAAAAUCUGGAGAUUCGACCACUAAUUCUGAGAAUUCUGUGAUCCCCUCAACUAACUCGUGCUCUCAUGCUCCAACUUGUUCCACCAGAUUCACUUCUAUUAGUUCUAUGGAUAAUUCUUCGAAAAUCGUGUAA